AUCCUCCGCAAUCGCCAAUGGCGACUGACACUCAAGAGAAAUCCAUGGAGCCUUUAUCUCUCUCCUCAUUCGACCAGAGACUAGUAUCCCUUGAAAAACAACUUGAAAUAGAAUUAAAGGUUAAAGCGGGUGCAGAAAACAUGAUACAGAUGUACAGUGUGGGACCAAUGCGGGACAAGAAGCUUCUUGCAGAAGCACAACAAAUGUUAGCGGACUCUAAAGCAAAAAUUGAAUACAUAAAAAUGAGAAGAAUUAAAGCUAAACAAACGCAAACAGAGAAUGGUUUAGACGCCGAAGGUAAACCCAAAGGUGAGGCAGCCAACAAGUACAACUUAGAAACUCCUGUGGAUGUUAGAAUUGAAGAACUAAUUCACCGGCUGCAUGUAGAGUGCCGGUGUAUGGAGGGGGCCAAGAAUGCGGUGCGUAUGCUGCAGGCGAACAAAGUUGCAGCUGACAAGAAAUAUCUACAGGAAGCGCAGCAGCGGUUGGAGGAAAGCAGUCAUAAGCUGGACCUGAUCCGCCUCUCCUUGGAGCGACUGCGGGGAGACCUUCCGUCCGGGUCUCUUGUGGCUGGUGAGGUGAAGCGAGAGUUGGAGAACUCGUUAUCUGCUUCUCCAUCACCAGCCAACUACACCAGCCUCUACGAUAAGGAGAACUACCCCAGCCGUCGCGCACAAGCUCUACAUAACAAGGGAGCUGCCGUUACUGGCAAGCUAGAAGUAAGAUUGAUUGGUGUACAAGACCUCCUGGAGGAUGUUCCAGGCCGGUCCCGCCGAGAUUCCCACUCCGGACCCUCCGACCUCAAAUCUUUCAUGAAAGGCGUCACAGGAAAAUCCUCCAAAUCCUAUUCUGUUAAGGACGAAAUUUCAAAUGAUGUAAUGGCAGUACUAAAGCUAGAUAAUAACAAGGUUGUUGGCCAGACUAGCUGGAAACCCUGCUCUCAAUCAGCGUGGGACCAGAGAUUUAGCAUCGAUUUAGAAAAAUCCAGAGAUUUAGAAAUAGACAUCUACUGGCGAGACUGGCGGUCACUUUGUGCGGUGAAGUUCCUAAGGUUGGAGGAGUUCAUUGACGAUGUAAGACACGGCAUGGCACUUCAACUCGAACCCAAGGGACUAUUGUUUGCCGAGAUCAAAUUCCUAAAUCCAAUGAUCUCCCGCAAACCUAAGUUACAGCGGCAGAAGAAAUUGUUUAUGCAAAAAGGAAAGGUGCUACGACCCAAUCAGAUGAACAUUAAUGUUGCGGCCUGGGGUAGACUUAUUAAAAACAUACAACCCAGCCAUGAGCCGGCCCACCACUUGUACACCGGGGGACAUGCCGUACCCAUUACCACGUCUAGUUCUGCCACUCCUAUCACUCCUGGUCCCCGGGCGCUUCCCACUCGCUUAGAUUUUGACAAUGAGAAGACCCCAGGAGAGGAGCGCCACUGCCGUCCGCUGGCAAUAUCGGAGGUGCGACCGCUCAACAUGGGAGAUAUACCUUCCUCCCCAGCUCCUCCCACUAUGGAAACCCCCCCAGUGGCUCCCCCACCUCCCUCCAUCACCCAUGGUGCCCCUAUACAAUCCCAGCAGCUUACUCCUGCACCUGUACUUGUGGCUGCUACCCAUCAUAUAUCCACGUACCCCACACCUCACGGCUCGGUCUACCACCCCACUCCUGGCACGCCGUCCACACCUGCUCACCAGAGUGCCUUCCCUGUCGCACACACUCCCACCAUUCACCCUGCUCACUCCAUCACUGUACAGGUAAGGUGA